AUGACUCUUCACGUCUCGUCUGGCGGAUUGGUCUCUUCCUCGACGCUUCGGGUGCGAAUACUCUCCCUUCAGCAGAGUCAGACCCUGUCCUGCUGUAUGGUUGUCAAUGUCGUGGAUCAUUUCAACCCACAGUUCCCCCCUGGGGUUGCGUUCCUGAAGCUCUUCGACAGGCGCUUCGCGGAAGAGCUUCGAACCUCCAAUGCCAUGGACCCAUGGACGGAGCGAGCCGAGGAUCUCUACAUUGAGUCUGUUCAGUCCGGUCGAGCCCGCUUGUUUCUGGAUUUACUCCAGAGCGAGAACGGUUUUAAGGAGACCGAACACGAGUGGACUGAGGCAGACAUGGAGUCAUUUGUGGCCAACGAACUCCGGGAGCUAUACGAUACCGAGGUGGCGACCUACAACGCACUGGAGCCAUACCAGGGUAACCUGAUUCCCCGCCUCCUUGCGACAGUCAACCUUGAUAUCACACCAACCCAUUUCCAUUCUCCUCAGCCGACGGAUGAUCACUUCCUGGUCAAGGGGCUCCUCCUCCAGUACAUCCCCGGCUUCACCCUACAGAACUUGGCGAAAUUCGCUCCGCGGGGUGCAUGGCAGAACAUCGUCGAUCAGGCUCUCAACGCCGUUCAUAUGCUGCACAACAACAACAUCCUGAACAAGGACGUGCGCCUGCCCAACUUCAUGGUCAGCCCCUUAGUCAACGGCGGGUAUCAGGUCUACAUGAUCGACUUUGGAUUAUGUAUCCUACGGCGAGCGGACCAUUCUGACCGUGAAUGGGGGCAGCUGAAAGUCUACUUUGACGAAGAGGGCUGCGUCGGGUUGAAGAUGGGGAAGAAGUUGGCAGAGAAGGGGUUUGCUCUCCAGUACCAAAAUUCUGGAAAGUAUCUCCAGUGGGCGUAA